UGGCGUCACAGAGAGCCGUUUAAGCUGAGCUGGCUGUUGGGCUGUUUUGGGUUGGAGCGACCAGGCUGUUCCUGUCGACGACUUUCUCUGAGUGGGAGCAGUCGCUAAAACCAGGACGAUUUCUACACAGCAACUGUACCAGUCUGCUAUCCACAUUUCACACCAGUCGAGUUUAACUUUUAACCAAAAAAACAAAAAAACAAAAACAAGGAGUUCCAGCUCUGUCAACUCGUCGCCAUGGACCCCGCCAGUCAAGAUAUCAACCUGAACUCUCCUAACAAGGGUCUUGUUGUUGAGCCUUCAGACAGCCUGUCCGACGUGCCGGUGGAGGGAGCGGUGGGGAACUCAGCCAACCCUCUUCCACCCGGCCUGACGGAGGAAGAGGCUGAGGAGCUCCGCACUGAGCUCACUAAGGUGGAGGAGGAGAUCAACACCCUGCGUCAGGUUUUGUCAGCCAAAGAGAGGCACUCCGCCGAGCUGAAGAGGAAACUUGGCCUCAGCCCGCUCACUGAACUCAAGCAGAACCUCACCAAGAGCUGGCAAGACGUACAGACCUCCAACGCCUAUGUGAAAACCACUGAGAAACUGGGCGAGUGGAAUGAGAGAGUUACCAGUUCGGAUCUAUAUCUGUCUGCCUCAGCCACUUUGGAUGACAUUGCCCGCUCUGAAGCAUACAAGAAGACUCAGGAGACUCUUUCCCAGGCGGGACAGAAGACCAGUGCAGCUCUCACCACAGUGGGUACGGUCAUCAGCAAGAGACUGGGCGACAUGAGAGCUCUACCUUUCUCUAAUUCCUUUAGUAGCAACUAUUCCAUUCGACACUCGAUAAGUAUGCCCGCCAUGAGGAACUCUGCAACCUUCAAGUCAUUUGAGGAUAAAAUGGGGAACCUGAAGUAUAAGGUUGUCGGCCCCAAAGGGAACGGGGAGGCCGUCAGCUCCCCCACUGACACCACCCCCACUCAGGACAACCAGCCUUUCUGAACGUAUCCCUCCUCCUCCUCUUCCUCCUCGCAGCCACCUUCCUCACGACCUGAGACUGUACUGUUAUCACCUCACAUCGCAGAGUCAGCCCUGACCUUUGACCCUCCACCUCACCGACUCGCCACCACUCACUUUGCCCCCGCGACCGAGGUCUGUAAACGCUGACAGGCGGACUCGUGGGUUUGAGGUGGGACGAGCUUUCCCCGACAGUCCCAUCGCUGCUGGUCCCAUGGCCUCCGUUCUUCUGCCUCGCUGUUGAGGAAAAGGAAAAUGUGUAGUUGAUGUCUAAACCUGAAUAAUUUACAGACCUUGCUUUGUUACAUCACCACCUCCUGCCUCUACUUCCUCCCCAGUUAGACCCUCACCCCUUUUGUUAGUCCAGAUAAGUUAAGACACUCUUGUCUCCUGCACUCCUCAGACCCUUUUUUUUUUUUUUAAACACUGUUAAAAGCACUGUUGAAAUACUGUUUCAGCAAAUCACCUGGCUAAAGAACAGGCUAACAAGGCAUUGUAAGAUGCCAGGUUCUUAAACUGAACUUCAUCUUUCAUUCUGGGAUUUCUAAAAGAUGGAUUUCUUCUGGGUUUCUUAAAGUCGCUGCUGCAGCGAAACACAAGGCUGGAUUACAGAGGGGAUGGGGGGGCAAAGUGGGGCCCAAAAACACCAGGUUCACUGUGCGCCAAUUGGUUUGAGAUAAUGUGACUAAGUACAAAUUGGUUGAAUGUACAUUGCAUUUUGAAUCAGUGGAAGCCCACAUUUAUUAUUUAUUAUUCCUGCCCCGGGGCCCUCUAGUGGGUUAAUCUGGCCAUGAUGAUACAUCAAAGUAACGCAGCAGAAGCAUUUUUGGGCCCCAGCUCAGAGUUUAGGAACCAGGAUAUCUGCAGACUGAGGGUGGAGGAGCAUUUUACGGGCAUAAGCAAGAUGGUGGAUUAUUUGCUUGUAAAACCUACUAAUUCUGUCUUCUUGUUUCUGACUUCUAUCAUCUACUUAAAUCAUGCAUUCACACUGUGAGCACAUGCUAGUGUCACCACACUGUCCCCCACCUUUUUCUCAAACUUGUACCCAGUUUGCGGCACAGCUCUGCACAGGCUACGCACGCCGGUUAGAGGUUAGUGGUUUGACUGUGGGGGGACGGGAGGGGGGAUAGGAUCCAGCACAUCUCACCCCUCUUAGACCUAUACUGCUACAUGCAUGUGCAUAUCUCAUCUCAGUUGUACAAUACCAACCAUGCAAAGACGACCGAGGUCUUGUGUAACACCCUAAAAACACCCCAGGAUGUAAAAACAGAAAAAAACCAACCUUAAACCAUUUUGUAUUAAAACUAUUUUACACUGCUUUGCAUAACGUUUUUACAUAACUUUUAUCAAUAUGUAUAAAUAUAUAUGAAUAAAUAUAUUGUCGCUGAUGCUGCCGAAUGGUAGUAAUCAGGUUGGGAGGUUUAAGGAAAAGCAGGGGGAGGCUAAACAAACUUAAAAAAUGUGGAAAACAAAAACACUAUGGGUCGGUUUCACAGGCAUGAGUUAUUGUCCGAGCUUUUUCUGUUUAAAGUACAUCUGUGAUCUAAAAAAUGUUUCCAUGUUUGUGAAACUGACUCAUUAAUGAGCUGCAGUCGUUUUGCACCCGUCUGGGCACAAGACCGAGGCAAGGAGAACCAUAAUCGUAUCGUAAAAGUGGUUUCAUUUGACAAACUGGAGAUUUGAUCUCAGAUGAGCUGCUGUGGCAUGUUAACGCUGCAAUUUGCAAGUCAAACGUCUAAACGUAAGGCUUGAAAAUGUUUUGAAACCACUUUGACCUCUUUUUACCCUGGUUCGACUGCUGCUCCCUGUUUAACACAGAACUCAAUGUGAGACGAUGCUUUGCUGUGUACACUACCUGGUGAAUGUCAACGCUUCUGUAUUGGCCUUACUCACUUAUAAUGGUUCACCUGUUAUUAUAACUUAGCUGGUAGAAAAGAAAUAGUUUAUUUCCUUUUUAUGUUCCUUUUUUGUUGUUGUACAGACUGGUUCCAUUCAAGUAAGGGGAGUUAGCAUUAAAAUAUUUAGAGUCUAACACGCCACAAAAUGUGUCAUGGAAAACAUCUUGCUGCCAUAGAAGAAACUUUGCCAACGACGCCUGAAUGCACACACAUUUGCUCCUGUUAACACACUAAAUGUUACUAAAUGCCCUGAACUCACACACACACACACACUGCACGAGGCCAAACUAACACAAACGUUUUGUACAAAAUCACUGUUGCUCUUACCGUUGUGCACCUAUAGUGACCACAUAGUGAUAAAUACAGAAGCUCUUACAAACUACAUGGCCUCAGAAACGGUGACAGUAAACCUGAAAGCACAGAGUUGCUCAGCACCGUCACUUUUCUCCUGAACAUAGAAAAAAAAAAAGAUGGUUGUAUGCUUUUUUUUUUUUUUCCUUCUUCUUUACUAAAGUUGCUGAUACAAGGACAUCAUCUCUGGUGGUUUGACUAAAUGUUACGCUGUUUUCUCAGCCGGAAAUACAGAGCAACUCUUGCAAAAAAAAAAAUCGCCAAAAUUGUCUCAUAAUGUUGGUCAUUUUCUCAAGGCACUGAAGGUGUUUCAGUGUUGCCUCUCGCAUUGCCAAAAAAAAUCCUUUUCACCCAUUACAACUACAUAAUGUUGCUCUUGUAUCCUGGUUCAGCAUCAGUGCAGUUUCUCAAAAUGUCAUGGGUGGACAAGUGUUUUAUUGAGGCAGUAGAAAAGCUUAAAUGUACCUUUUUAUGUAACAUUUUGGCUCGUUAAAUAAAUGAUUUAAGCCAAAACUUCCCAGGAAGGUUUAAACAUGCUUGUAGACCACCAAAAGAGCAGGAAAUAAAAAUUAUGACCAGAUGAAACAGAAAUAGCUCUAGCUGACAGUUGGGCUAUAAUGAACAAACAUGAAAAUACACAGCUUAUAAACAAAACCAUCAAACUGCUUCAAAACUGCUGCCAGUGUAUCAUAACUUUUAAGUGUAUUUUCUUGUUUUUGGUAGUUAAUAUAUUCCUGUUAGGUGAAUGUUUUCUUUUGGCUUUCCUUCCGUUAGGAGAGGUGGACUUUAGAGAAGAUUUAUUAUUUGUACAAAUAAUUUGCCAUCAGUUUAAAAAAAUAAAAUAAAAUAAAAUAAAAUAAAAAUAAAAAUAAAGAAGUUGCCAAUAUUUAAAUAUGUUACAAAAUCUCUCUUUCUCUCUUUCUGCCUCUGAAUCUCAUGGAGUCUCUGACUUUCUGCUUUGCCAAGAUGACAGACGCACUGACGCAAGAAAUGUUCAUCUCAGCUCUUAAAAUCAUAUUUUUCUUACACAAAGUGGAGAAAUGUCCUCAGACGAGACGCUUUGGAAGGCAACGACCUCACUCUGUACGAGAAAAAAUACGAUUUUAAAGACUUAAAUGACUUGUAAAGAAGGACUUUCUAUUUGCAGUGUAGCUGUCGCCUCUUUUAAAGCUGCAAUCAGUUUUGGGAGACUGGCGGAUAGAAAAGGAUGAUGUACAGAGGCUGGAGGCAGUAGAGUACUUAUAGCUUUAUUUAGGUCCUGGGCCUAGCUGAUGUAGAAUAUCAAAAGGGAUCAGAUUUGGAAGAUUAUGGUGAAUGAAAUAAAAACAUUUUUUGGUUUUGUUGUAUAUGUUUGGAUAUCAAUAAAGCAUUCCUUUAAAUGAA